AUGACAAGUUCAUUUGUUAAGCUAAAAGUACAACAAGUAGGUGUAGAUUCAGAUGCAUACACCAACCGAAUGUAUCUACAUCCCAAGACCUAUGAAAAGAUCAUCCAAUCAUCUCCAACUAGCAAAACAUCAGAGAAUGGUAACUACAUUACAUUCUAUACAGUUAGACACCACUCAAAGAGGGUUUUCUCAAUAUCACCAUCAUCAAAAAUUAAAGAAGAAGAUAUUGCUGUAUCAAAAACACAUAGAAUUUGGAUGGAUGUUGGAAUAGGGGAAGAGGCUACAGUAGAAUACUAUAGUCCAGAGAUAAAGACUAUUGCAUCGAUUACAUUCAAGAUUGAUUAUUUCACAAAAGGUAGAACCGGUGCAAAAUUUGAUUCAAAGGCUAUCAUUGCUCAGAUAUCAAGAGAUUACAAUAAUCAAUACUUUCAACAUGGUCAAUCAACUCUUCUUUUGGUAAAAGAUAAUCUCGAAAUCAUAGUCUCUGACAUUAAACUUUCAGAGUCGGAUCAACCAACCAACUCACCACCAAACCUCGUUGGUAUUUAUGGUUUACUCUUAUCAACUUCACAAAUCCUUAUUCAAAAGGCUGAUAAUGCAACCAUCAAUAUUGAUGUAUCUGUCGAUGGACCACUACAAUCCAAUCAAAUAUUCAAACAAGAUUGGGACUUUGAAAAUAUGGGUAUCGGUGGUUUAGACAAUGAAUUCCGUGAUAUUUUCCGUCGUGCAUUUGCAUCACGUAUCUUUCCACCUGCCAUCGUUGCCAAACUUGGUGUUCAACAUGUUAAAGGUAUCCUAUUACAUGGCCCACCAGGUACUGGAAAGACAUUGAUUGCUCGUCAAAUUGGAAAGAUGCUCAAUGGUCGUGAACCAAAGAUUGUAUCUGGUCCAGAAGUAUUGGGUAGAUAUGUUGGUGAACCAGAAGAGAAUAUUCGUAAAUUAUUCAAAGAUGCUGAAAUUGAAUACAAGUCUAGAGGUGAUGAUUCUGCACUUCAUAUUGUUAUUUUCGAUGAAAUCGAUUCAAUUUGUAAAACUCGUGGUACAAAGACUGGUGAUGCUGGUGUCAACGAUUCAAUUGUCAAUCAAUUACUUGCCAAGAUUGAAGGUGUUGAAUCUCUCAAUAAUAUUCUUAUUAUUGGUAUGACCAAUAGAAAGGAUAUGAUUGAUGAAGCUCUUCUUCGUCCAGGUCGUCUUGAAGUACACGUUGAAAUAUCUCUCCCAGAUGAACAUGGACGUCAACAAAUCUUCAAGAUCCAUACAUCUAAAAUGCAACAUAAUGGACUUCUUGCCAAAGACGUCUCUUUGGAUCAUUUAGCACGUGUCACUAAAAACUAUAGUGGUGCUGAAAUUGAAGGUGUCGUUAAAGCUGCCACCUCUUAUUCAUUCUCUCGUCAAGUUGAUACCAAGAACUUACGUAGUGUCACACUCAAAGUCGAAGAUUUAAAUGUUUGUGCCGAUGAUUUUGAACGUGCACUUAAAGAUAUUAAACCAGCAUUUGGUCAAAACGAUGAACAAUUUAGAAUGUAUGCUAUCAAUGGUAUUAUCAAUUAUGGUCCCACCUUUGAAAAGAUCCAAUUAUCAGGUAAUUCAUUCAUUCAACAAGUUAAAAACUCAAGUCGUACACCACUCGUCUCUGUUUUAUUAUCUGGUAAACCAGGUUGUGGUAAAUCAUCUCUUGCCUCUACUCUUGCUCAAAGCUCAGACUUCCCAUAUGUAAGAACCAUCAGUCCAGAUGAUUUGGUUGGAUUCACCGAAUCUGCCAAGACAUCCAAAAUCACCAAGAUCUUUGAAGACUCUUAUAGAUCACCACUUUCAUGUAUUGUCAUUGAUGACAUUGAACGUUUAAUCGAAUUUGUACCAAUUGGACCACGUUUCUCCAACUCCAUUCUCCAAACACUCUUAAUUUUACUCAAGAAAACUCCACCCAAAGGAAGAAAGUUACUUGUUCUCGCCACCUCAUCCGUUCCAGAAGCUGUUAGAGAUUUAGGUCUUGGUAAUUGUUUUGCUACAACCCUCCCCAUCCCAUCAAUCACCACCAAAGAUGAAUUCUCAAAAGUUGUUCAAGAACUCGGUGUAUUUGGUCCAUCAGAAGUUAAACGUGCCGCCGAAGAAUGUUUUAAUGAUAGAACACCAAUCACUAUCAAACAACUUAUUAUGGCUAUUGAAAUGGCACGUCAAGAAGAUUCUGGUAGUUUAAUUCAAAACCUUAAACAAUCAAUGGUUGAUUUCCAAUUACGUGAUUUGUAUUAA